AACGGAUACAGCAGCUGCUAAUUAUUUGUUACAGGGUUACGGAACAGCGUUAGGGCGUCGUCCCCUUAGUUGAGGUCUUCUAUGAAGAGCACACAAUCCCUGCUUUCCAAGCUGCAGGCGCCCGUGAAGGGCUGCCUGCAGCAGGGAUUAAUGGAAGGUUUGCGUUCCUUUUCUGCUCGCGCUCUGGGCUCACAGACUGAAGUAGGCUUAAGCAUCCUUGCAGAGGCUGCGAACUUGCCGAGCACGAGCAACACAGCUGGUGUUCAACUGCAGCAAACCCGUGGAAUGGGCUACGCUUACGCGCGAAAGACCGCGGACAAGGACUAUGUACACACGGCGCACACGCUGGCUUUCGGACAAACGCAGCUUACAGACUACAUCAUUAAGACUGUGCCAAAGUUUGUAAAAAUGGCUGUCGUUGGCCCAGGACAGAGCACCUUGCUGUACCAAGAGCCAACCAUAUACACGACGCCCGACAGCCUGCUGCCUCUCAUGACUUUUCUCCGCGACCAUGUCCAAACCCAGUUUAAGUGUCUAAUCGACAUUACCGCUGUCGACUUUCCGGAGCGCGCUGCGCGCUUUGAGGUCGUGUACCACCUACUCAGCCCACGGUGGAACAAUCGCAUCCGCGUCAAGGUGUGCGUGGACGAAGUCACACCGGUACCAUCCAUCUGGAAGAUCUUCAAUACGGCAAACUGGUUUGAGCGGGAGACUUGGGACAUGUUUGGCGUUUUCUUCUCGGGCCAUCCCGACCUCCGCCGUAUCCUGUCUGACUACGGCUUCACCGGCCACCCGCUGCGCAAGGACUUCCCCCUCAGUGGCUACACUGAGGUGCGGUACGACUACGGGAAGAAGCGCGUAGUUUCGGAGCCGCUGGAGCUGACACAGGAGUUCAGGUAUUUUGACUUCAACAGCCCGUGGGAAACUCUGAACCGUUGAGGUUGUAUCAUGCAUUCCCUGAACAACCCGCGCCUGUCUGUUCAGAGCCGCGUGGGUGGCCUGCCCCUUCCGUCCCUGGGAGGCUCACCAGCAACAGUAACAGUAACAGCAGCUGCAGCUCCUGCUCAUUCAGCCCUAAUGGUUCUAAUGCUGCAUCAAGGAUGUGUGGAAGGGUUAAGCUGGAAAGUGAUGUGGGCUUUGGCACGUGCUAGCAGCAGCAGCAGCGGCGGCGGGGCUGCGCCCUGUGUUUCUGAGGGUAGCGUGUCGGUACAGAGGGAAGCCCCCGACAAGUGCAUGGGGGGACGCUUCCCUGCAUUCUUAUCAUGCCAGAAAGGUGUACGGUGGGAAGAAAAAUACGUGAGGGCAGAAAUUCCAUUCAGAUCAGGACGCGGUCCGGAAUGCUGUCCUUUACUUUGUGUACGGAUACUUGCGUGGUUAGGACACUCCCCAGCUGGCAACGAUGGAGGCUGUACCACCGAGGGAGUUGACCAGGGGACACAGGUCGUGCGGCGGUAUUCCGCGGGCACUAAUGGAUUAUCUCUGGUGAUGAAGUAGGCGGCCGUGGCGGCAGCGGCAACAGUCCUGCAGCAGCAGCGACGUCAGUUUCUCGAGGCGACCGCUGCAGCGGGAGGUCCAGGUCAUCACUACCGUUUGUGCGAACGGGAUUGCUUGCUUGUUGGCGACGUCGUGGCACCUGUUGAUGCUGCCUCGUCCGGAGGGUACGGUGGCCCGGCCUGGGACCCUAUAGCUGUUGCUGCAGGGUAACUGCCUGAAUGACGAUAUUGACUGUGUAUGUGGACGAGGGUUUCCAUGUCCAGUCUCCGAGUAGUUGUUGCGGGCGCUGCUGAACCGCAGGCGUGUCCUUGCGUUUGUAUGAAAAUAAGCACAUAUUGUAUGUGUGUGGAUCAAAGGAUAACGGUCUCAGCUUAACAAUCUAGGCCAGUCGGUGUGUGUAAGUCUUGGAGUGCUUUAAAUAUUUGAGCUGGUGUGUGUGCAUCUGUCGGCCCUAUGUCGCUGCGCAGCGGCUCGUUUUCGGGCCGCAAAGCUUGGCGGUUGCGUUUAUGGCUAGCAAGUGGAAAAUCCGAGUGCUUCGGCCGCCUGAAAUUCUCUUCCGUCUUGCCGUUGCUUCGGGGUGGGCUUGGCGGCUUUAUUUUUGUGGAGGGUUAGAUAGCUCGUCUCGCCAACACGACCGCCGUCAUAGUUUCCCUCGCGAACCUCUUUGUGUGAACAUUGGUUGUUUGUGUAAAGAGCUGAGC